AUGAAGAGAAGGGGUGUGCAAAGAGGGAGAGAGGGCCCGCGCUUGUGCCUUUCAAGGUGGGGACUCGCCCCUGCCAAGCAUGAGAAGCGUGCCUUCUCUGAGGCCACACCAGGAACCAAGAUACAGGCUGACGGGGUCACCUGUACGCUGGGUGAAAUUGUCAAUAUGGGAGCUGGCCCAGGAUUGGACCGGGUCGCAACAGUGAUUGUGCUUCAUACACCUGCCCUGGCUGCUGCCGUGUCGCGUUUCAGCGAUGAGGCAACGUCCGACCAAUCGGCUGCGCAGGUCCACAGGGGAGCGGGACAUGUUUGCUCAUUCUCUCACCAGAAGGGGCUGCUCUCAAAACCAAUAUUGACCCAGCUCCCCUGCAUGACUGUCUUUAGACCAGGACCUUGGAAUACAAAUCAAGCCAAAGCAGCCAGAACCACAGGCAGCCGGUCGAGGGCUGAGGCCAACAAUAGCCUGCCCAGGAUGGGGCUCUCCCACUGGGCUGGUGGAGCAGCUACUGUCCCUGGUCUCAAGCUGGUCCACAGAGGUCUGAUGUAUGAAAGAACUCAUGCUAUCCCACCCGCUUUAAUGAUUCCAUCUGAGAGGACCAAUUGUGUCUGUAUUCCAGACCCUGCUGAGUGGUGGACGCACGGCUCUGCCUCCCAGCAGCACUCCGGUGGGCUGUGGGGAGGCUCGCAGGAGUGUCUGGAAAGUUUGGCUUGGAAAGGUUCGGAUCCACUCUCCAUCCAUGAUGUCACGUCAUCAACACUGCGUGUAUUACGUGAUCUGAAGCACCGCUCUAUAUUUAACAAAUCAUGGGGCUUGCUUCGCAGCACGCUCAUGUACAAGAACGCCCACCAGAGUGGAUACAGCAUGGUUCUGCUGAGACUUCCAUGA